CGCACGAGUUAACCUCGAAACCACUCCGCUCCCGCUUUCAAAAUGGCGGCGUUUGAUUCUGGACUUCCAUGAUUCUUUAUUUCAUCUGCGCACUUACUGAUAUUUCUGUGUAAGUGCUACAACCAAGCGCUCAACGAAUGCCAAGUCGAUGGCAGACGACAUAAUACAGCUGAUACCGCGGCCGCAACAAGUUGACGACGACGAAGAGAACAAUACGACGUCUCCAAUGGAUGUCUCGUACGACAUUUCGCUGCCCGCCCAGCACACAUACCUCGGAGAUGACAUGGAAGAUUUGACAGGGAGAACUGUCUUCGAGGAAGACAGCAUCCACACCGUUCCUGUUCUAACCUCGCAUGAUGUCAUUCUCGUCCCCGGCCAAAUCCUUCCGCUUCAAAUUUUUCGUCCUCUGGAAAUAUCUAUGAUGCGUCGUAUCAUCGAAGAAGAUAGAACGUUUGGCAUUAUUGCCGAUGGAAUCACAGCACGAGCGAAUCAGAACAGAAAACCCGUACUGGGUACUACGGCAGAAGUCAGAUCCUACAAAGAAGAAACGGACGAUUUAUCGGGUGUGUCAACUUUAGUUGUCAAAGCCGAAGGAAGGCAGCGGUUUAACCUACUCUCGUCACGCCGUAGGACAGACGGAAUUUUGACCGCGGAAAUCAAAAUACUUCCUGACGACCCCACGCCAGAUGUCGGUGAAGUCGCCAGGCUCCAGUGUCUAAACCGCUUCCAGAGACCGUCCGAAAUUAACAUGAGUCGUAAUCUCGGGCGGUACGGCUUUGCCCCGCUGACACGGUGGCCAGCGUGGGUGUACCUACAGUACGACGCCGAAGUUCUCGUGAACAGAAUAAAGAGUGAACUUAGCGAAUGGACAGAGAACUUCUCAACUCUACGAUUUCCUGAGGACCCAGGAAAGUUUUCGUACUGGGUGGCUGGAAGUUUACUACUGGACGAUGAAGUCAGACUAGAAAUGCUUUCGUACGACAGCCCGAUACAGAGGUUGCGUUGUGAGUUGGCUAUCUUGCGCGAAUGCGUAGUUCUCACCUGUAAAGAAUGCCGUUCUAAGGUUGCAGACAGGGGGGAUGUAUUCAGCAUGUCGCAGCAAGGCCCUCAGGGGACAUACGUGAACCCUCACGGUUACGUUCACGAGAUGAUUACAGUACGCCGGGCCAAAGGGGUCUAUUGGAAUGGGAGGCCGAGUUCCGAGUACAGUUGGUUUCCCGGCUAUGCCUGGACCAUUCUACAUUGCCGGAGCUGCCAUUGUCACGUGGGUUGGAAGUUUACAGCAGUAGAAAAGAACUUGCUGCCUUUAAAGUUCUGGGGCUUGUGUAGGUCAGCGAUCAAGCCCAGUCGGCUGCCCGUGUCGAGGGGCCAGCAAACGUCGGGCAGAGAUUAGCCCGUAGGUGAUGGAGAUUGCAGCUUGGUGAGAGUCGUUUUUGUUUCCUAGUGAGAAGUCAUAGCCGAGACGCAGACUGUUCCCGAAGGCUAUUUUAACUUAACUCUCUACCACGAUGUAAGAAAAAUAAACCACGUUUCGAGCUUCAAAUAGGGAGAGUGUAGAUACACGAUGCCUAGGGGGCUUGGAUCGGGAGUGCCCCGUCUUGCGCCAGUAACGGACAGGACCGGUGCUAGGGGUGUGCGGGGCCUGAGGCGAAGGCACAUCGCGGGGCCUGUUUCACACCAGCAGUAAUGAAAAGAUAAGAAAUUAUAAGAUUUUUGCAGUGGCAGAGUAUGGGAAAUGGCAGCAGGAGAAAAGGGUGCGAAAUCCUCGGUAUAGCUUGCAGGGUUGGAGGAUUUUUCUGAAAAGUGGGACUUUUUCUCAUCACAUGAUGGAAUGGCACGUAACACAUUCUUCUCUCAUUUCUGUUUUAGUCGAAGAUCGCCCGUGUGAUUAAGUGCAUACUUGAUAUUUAAAAAAAAAGUAAUCCCUGUUUGAGGGCUUUGUGUGCACGCGGCCUAAGGCGGUCACCUUACUUGCCCCCCCCCCCCCCCCCCCCUUAUUGCCGGCCCUGAUAACAGCGAUGCUGCGACAACACAGCUUACGUAGCACAGGCUUUGGCACACUGGAACUUGCAUGUCUUGCAUAAAACUUUACGACCUGAAAGUGUUUUUGGUGAAAGUGUGCAACAUGCAUAACCGUUUGAUGCAUAACAUGCAGUAACACUGUGGCGGAAUUCGUGUCGGUGAUCCGUUCUGCUGCGGUGGUGAGCUUAGCUUAGAGGAAGAUGAUCACGCUGCUGUAAUGUGGAAGAAAUAGCUUAUUCCGAACUGUAAAUCUGUCUGUCACACCAUGUGUAGUAGAUGCCUUUGUUCGAGACAUCGUAUUGUGCUUGAACAAAGACAUCGCGCAAUAUUCGCCAUCUGUCAAAGCUGUCGCCCAAUCUGGCUGAUUGGAGGAUACUUUCUAGCAAGCACGCCUGAUAUGCAGUGCCCAUCACGUCUCUCAUGCUCUCACGUGUGUGUAUGUGUGUGUUUUAACCACCACUGCUGAAUAUGGUCUGUUAUUGAAGACGACAUUGCAGUUGCUUACAACAUCGUGGUACAACAGGAUAAUUUCCCUUUGUCGCCUAUCUUUGCCAUACCCCAGAAAAUACGAUUAACGAAAACAAGAAACCCGAUUUGUUACCAUAGGGGUGCGUUGUGGUGCAUAGUAUUAGUCAUUUAAGCCGUGCAGCUAUGUGAAUGAUGGACAAUUAAAAUUUUUCACAAAAGCACAAGUGCAUCCAAUAUACAGGUGCCUUGACGUGUGGUUCUCAGGAGCUUGAAUUAUUUGAACUAAAACGUGAAUGUAUGAAAGGUGAAUUUACAUGCCCCGAGAGACAGCUGUGUUUGUUAUAUGCCUCAUGCACUUCUUGCACUUCAAGGAAACACAAGGUUUGCCAUACAGAUGUUGCAUAGUAAGCACUUACUGUUCCAUACUAUAUUUAAACAGGUGACUGGUAUAACUAAUAGUAGGCCAGUUCACCCUUAGAGAAACCUCAGGAAACCUGAUGCUGUAACCCUGUGUAUUUUGCACAAAGGUUAAAUUCUUUGUGUGCUGCAAUGUACUUAGCAUUAUGCACAACACCCACAACAACAGUACGUCAGCCUGUCUGAUUUGCGUGGAUUCUCCACGAGACACUGGCAUUGCCAGGAAUGGCUUUUUUUACACUGUGGUUCUUACUUAUCAGCAAAGCAUUUAUGUGGCACAGAGCUUUUUGGGACAACAAAACGAAAGCUCCAGUUGAUAUGUGACAGUGUAACACAGUCGUGGGGAAGGAUAACAGCAUCACAUAGGCUCUCUGUGUCUAUGUGUGUUAUGCUCCUGUUUACCUUGGAGAUGCUAAGCUGUGUGAUGCUACUAUUUCUGGCUAGUUUAAUAAAUCGAGCGUACCGGCAAGCAACACAGUAAACAACAUAAGACUUGACGUUUCGGGUCCCAUACGGGUCCCAUCGUCAGAAGACCCGUAUGGGACCCGAAACGUCAACUCUUAUGUUGUUUACUGUGUUGCUUGCCGGUGCGCCUGAUUUAUAAACAUAUCUACUCCCGGCCUCUGGACUAUAUUCAGAUAUUUCUAGCUAACUGCAGAUAAUAUUUUUAUGGCACGUGCAGACAUGACAUGUCUUUCUCAGAGCUGGCUGUGAUGGGAAGCCCCCAGUAACCAUUAAACAGAAUUCAUGCAUUAUGCACACUGAUCUGGAUGAGUCCUUGUACUUAUGACAGCCCCUGUAGAAGAUGUAUGUUUCUCUGCUGAGUGUGCUUUGCAACUAGUUUUGCUCUGAAAUACUGGAUUCUAUUCGGUACUGGCAGACUGAUGAAUAUUGAACAAAAUUUGAGCCAGGGCUAAAAUUGUAGUGAUAUUUUAAAAUCUUUGGCAAACAUUAGUCUGCAUCUACUUGUUUGUGGCACACUUUAAACUAGCACUGAGAAGCAGUAAAGUUUUUAUUCACGGUAUUAAAACUAAAGCGAGUCAUGCAAAUUGCUGAAUUGAAGUAGCAAAUUAGCACAAUAAUUCAGGUGUAACACAGCUGAAAGUACGGCUGUUUGGUGCAUGAUGACACAUCAAUAAGACAGUUGUGUAGCAGCACAUGAAAGGUGGCGUGUUUACAGUUUCUGCCCACAGUAUCCCACUAACCAAUCUAUAACAAUUAGUAAUUUGUGGCUACAGUGGUAGGUCUGCAGAUUAAUUUUGUCCAUCACAGGCUUCUUUUACUUGCGCCAAAUAUAAACACACAGCACACCAUAUUCAGCGUCACCCAUGGAAGAAGGCUAGCCAGUAGAGAAACAGCAGCAUUUGUUGGGCUCCACGUAAGAACAAAAGGUCCUAACUGUGGUACGCUGCGUGGCUGUUUGUUGCAUUAACGAAUGAGAACACUUUGUGGCAGGUUAUGUACAUCAUUUAGUUCAAGUUAGCCAAAAGUGCAUUGAGUGCAAGUUUUUUUGCUGUCAUAUGGGACGACAUUAUGGGAUUAUUCAUAAAAUUAUACUAUUUGCUACUAAAUAACGUGGUUGUUGACAACCUAGACGGAUACAUCUUUCAUGCCUCGCACAUGAGUAACAUGCAUUGUUUUCACGAUGUAAUGUGAUGAAUAUAACGACGAGCAGAAAGAUGUGUUGUAUUUUGCGCCAUUUUGUUACAUACUUUUUGAAAAUACUGUCAACUCCAUCAUCGUCUAGGUACUGCAUAUAUAUUUUUCGGGGUGACUUUGGUGUCUGUGCUAAAUGGAGCAGCGAUGUGUGAGAAAAACUGUGUUUCAGUGCAUGCAGGAACUUCCCCUCCACGUGGGUGACUUACACACUUAUUUCAGGUCUGCUGCAGAAGUGAAAGCAGUGGUGGAAAAGAUGUAGGACACUUGAGACCGAAAUAAAGAAACAUUUCGCUCACAGCA